ACAGCCGCGUUUAUGUCAAAUCAACAUAUUGACAUUUCGCUAUAUUGUUAUAUUUUCAAAGAUUUUGUUUUCCAACAACAAUUGAAUCUGUUUAGAAAUUAAUUUAUUAUAAAUGAAAAUGACUGAUACGGACUCGAAAACAACAUGCAUUUCGGAGCACGAUCGUGCGUUGACGGUGAAUGCAUUGGAAGAAUUUAAUAACAAUAACUAUGGGACAUGCAUUCAGAAUCUUGUCGAAUUGGAGUCGUCGAUCGGUGUGGAUCCGUGCAUCAUUCACAACAAAGCGGUGGCAGAAUUCUAUAAAAGCGACUUCAAGAACUACGAACAGUUCCACAAGGUUCUCAAUCAACUGAUUGGAAAGGCUGCCGACUCAAACAAUUAUGAAUUUGAAAAUGUUAAAAUGGCAACUGUUUACUUCAACAAGGCAGUUCUUCUAUUCCAAAUGCGACAGCACCAGGCCGCCCUGAAGAUAAUGUUUGCUGUGAUGAAGCACAUUGAUAAACUCGAUGAUAAAGUCGUUCAGAGGGCUGGUCUUUUAACGGUCAAUUUAUUGCUGAACACAAAUCAGCCGAAGAAAGCUGAUGCAUUGGUGGAACUGUUGCAAACUCGUUUGAAUAUUUCCUCCGAAUCAUUGACCAGCGACGAGGAUGAUGACAGCGACGUAAGCCGAGAUAAGAAGAAAGAGAAAUCGGUAAAGUCGCUGGAUUAUUUCAAGUGGAUGUUUCGGCUGUACAAAACUCGUUCGAAUGUGUUGAACGGUAAGAAUCUGUUGAUUCCGAACGAGGACACAUCGGAAAUAUCAAUUUUACGCGGUCAUCAGUACUACAAUGGAAUCGACUAUCAGAUGGCCGCUAAGGAACUGUCGAAAAACUUCACAAAUCUUCAGUCAAACAUCAAGAAAAAUGGGGAGGAUCACAACACGGUCAUUGCCAACAAUAUGGGAAUCAUUCACUUUCAUGUUCGUCACUAUGCUAUGGCUGCCCGAUUCUUUCAACAUUCGUUAACAUUUGAUCAGACGGCCAUGGAGAGUGUCGGCGACUCACCGCCUUUGCAAAGUUUAGGUGCAACAAAGCGACCGGAAAUUUUGUACAAUUUGGGUAUCGCUAUGUUGCAUCUCCAGAGGCCGAAGGAAGCCUUUGAGUGUCUGCUAAUUCCUCUGAAUUACUAUCACAACAAUCCCAGACUAUGGCUGCGUUUGGCCGAUGCUUGUAUUAUGGUGCACACUCAAAAUUUGAAGGACAAGGAGAACAAAAACAUUGUAUCGGCUGUGGUUGGUUCCGGAUCUCAUCGAAAGUACAUCAUACAGCGAACUUCAAUGAAAUAUGUGUCGGACGAAAGUCAAUCUUUCGCUAUACCAAGUACGAAUUUGGAAUUUGCUUCUCUAUGUUUACGCAACACAAUUACGCUAAUCGAUCACCAUUGCAACGAAAUCAAGAAAACGCCAUCGACUGCAGCCAAUACUGACUGGACCCAAAUCGAUGAACGAAAUCAAUGCAAUCCAUCGAAACCGUUAAAUAUGAACACCAUCAAUAAACUGAAGUGUGCGGCGUUGUGUAAGUUCAGUUAUGUUCAGCUAUGCCUCGGUGAAUAUUUGCUGGCCCUAAAGUCUGCAAAGGAAUUGCUUCAAUUGACAUACCUACCGGAUGUUCAUGCAAUGUUGGGACACAUGUAUUCAGCUGAAGCGCUUGUCAUGCUGGACAGAAUAACAGAAGCUAGAACAUACCUAGAGCCGAAAUUCAUUGCCGAAUUGAAAGAGGACGAUUUCAUACACCGUGGAUCGCCUGAUUGGAAUAUAAAUACGAAAGACGCUGCCCAGUCAAUUUUGAAGUACAAUUUGGCCGUGACGCUGGUUCUUCAAGGGGAAAUUGAAUUAGCUAAAAGUAUGAUGAGCACAUGCAAACAUCCAAUCGUGUACGGUCACUUGAAAAUGCUGAAGAUGUACAUGGAAUUGCAGUCGGGCAAUGUUGAGAAUUGUCGGAAAAUGGUUAAAAUCGAUACGCCACAACACAGUUGAAGCGAAAGAUCUUUUUUUUCACAAGUCCAGUACUUGUAUUUUCGGCUUCAAUAAAUCGCAGAUUUAGAAGAUGA